UGGGGGCUAAGGCUUUUUGAAAACGCGUAUAAAAAUCUCUUUUUGUAUACCAUAAAAAAGACAAAGGAAUCGCUCUUUUUCCUUGUCCAUUACUCCUCUCUGUAAAUCCAUACUCAAUUUCCCAUUUCCACCCGCGCGCAAACUGCUGAAAGUGAAAGAUUACUCAAUUUUGUUACCACACAGACACAGACACAGACACAGUUGAAAACAUUAGAAGCGAUCAUGGUGAAGCUGACAGUCGUUGGAAGGGUGAAUGACGGAUUGCCCAUUUCACAAGGGCCCUUAUACGAAGAAGACGGCGACAAUACCAUCUACAAGCAACAUGCAGAGUUCUUGCUUCAUGAAAUCUCCAUGGCAGCAUUGCCACCUUCCGCCACCACAAUCCUCCUCCCUCACCACCAUUGCUUCAACUAUGUGGUGAAGAAUGGGGUUUGCUUCAUUACUUUGUGUGAUGCUUUAUAUCCAAGAAAGCUUGCAUUCCACUACCUUCAAGAUUUGCAAAAGGAGUUUGACAAGAUUGAUCUGAGCCUUGUUAAACAGAUCACAAAACCAUACAGCUUUAUCAAAUUCAGUAACCAGUCCUCCAAAUUCCUGUUUAGUUCGAAAGAAUUAUGUUCUAUUUUGUUCCUGAUUAAUCUAUUUUAUGUUGCAGAUAACAUUAUUUGCAAUAUCAGAAGACAAUAUAUAGAUACAAGAACUCAAGCAAACUUAUCGAAGCUAAAGGCUAACCACAAACAAGAAUUACAUGUUCAUACUGAACAAAUGUCUCUAGUUGUUGAAUGGAGGAGAAGAUCAGAUAUGCUGGAGAGAAUGAUGAAAGCACAUAAAAGUGCUUUCCCAGUGUGGGGAUCCGAGUCCCUUGAGGUUAUUGCAGUGAAAUGGACACCGAUUACAAUCAUCUUCAUUGUUUCAUUUGUUCUCUUAUGGAGCAGCUUUAAGCAAUGAGAAUCUGUAAACUCCAUCCCUUAAAUGGCAAAAACAGUAAGCUUGGAUGUGGAGCAACCAUGAGAGAAGGAUCUGUUUGUACAUUAUCAGCAUGAAUAUAUCUCCAGAAAAUCAAAAUAUUGAGGAUUCUGUCUCCAGAAUAUUGUUGUUGUGUAUUUUGUGUAUAUGUUCAGUUAGUACUUGUAUAUGUAUUGGAUCAUUCAUGAUCCCAAGUUUUUUAAGUUAUUAUUAGUUAACAAGGUUCCAUAGAAGUAGUUCAAGAAUUCUUUUAUGCAUCGAUAAUUAUAAUGAUAAAAAAAAAAGACAGAGUAACACAUUUAAUUA